CACCCUACAUAAUAGAAUGUACACUUGUUCAUUUUCCCAUUUGUAUUGGAAGACAAGUUCCCAAACAUUCAAAACUUUCCCUUAAAAACAAGAAAGAAAGAGAAGAAAUGAGUGCAGAUUGGGGACCAGUCAUUGUUUCAGUAGUUUUAUUCAUAUUGUUGUCACCAGGGUUGUUGUUCCAGCUACCAGCAAGGACUCGAGUGAUAGAGUUUGGUAAUAUGUGCACAAGUGGGAUAGCCAUCCUAGUUCAUGCUGUCAUAUAUUUCUGCAUAAUCACUAUCUUGAUGGUUGCUAUUGGUAUUCACAUACAUAUUAACUGAUCCAAACUGUCAAGAAAAGGGUACCUCUUUGUUCCUUUUUUUUUUUUCAUUGGCUCUCAUUUGUUUUUUACUUACAAGAAGCUUAUGUUCUAGUUUCUUCCAUGCUAUAAACCUACUUCCCCUUUUGUUUUUUCACUAUUUUGUUCAUUGUUGUUUGCAAGAGAAAUCUUGACCAGUGUAAUAAUGAAAACUAUAUCAUGACAAGGUGGUCCAAUUUGUACGAAA